UUGCUGAGUCAUCAAAAAUCCCUACAGAUAACAGACAAGAACACAACACGAACCCACCAACAUGCCACCAACCCGUGUGUCUGCUAGCAUUGUAUCCACAACACAACGAGGCGUUCAAUGAGUCUGUUUGAGUUUUCAAAAUAUUCAAUGCUUUUUAGAACAUUUGCAUGUUUGUGUUAUUAUUUUUUAAGUUUUAAGUUUUUCUUUUUUAUUUAGCCACCUUUUUGGUGUUUUAUUUUGGCUGGGCUUUAAUUCUUUAGUUUAUAAUCUGCCCCAAAUAAAUUUAUAAAUAAAUAGCCAUGAUUUAGAACAAUGUUAUUUGUGCUUAAAAUAGGGUAGUUUUCUUUGGGUAAAUGAUUUAACCCUGGUAAAAAGGUAGGUUUUAUGAAAUUAUUUGUUUCCUAUAUCCAGUGUAGAAUAAUCUAAGAUUUCCUAAUAAAAGUCGUAUGCUUAUAAAAUAUGGCCUUUUAAACCGGCUAAUGGUUAAAAAUUAGAGAGAAGUAUAUUGCCGGAGGCAUGUUUAGUAGUGGCUCACACUUCUUUCAAAAUGUUAAAUUUCCAAAAGGUGAGUUGAAUGGCAAGCCUAAUUAGAUGUCAGGAGUCCAUUUUAAGUAGGAAAGAAAAGCAAAUUCAAGUGUUUCUAUUCAUUUGUGCAAAACCAAUUGAAAAAUAACUAUGACUGUGUGAGGAUGCAUGAAUUACGCAAAUUCUGCCCUUAAGACAACAACCAAAAUUGCAUUGUCCUUUUGAUUUAUGGCUUGUUUGCCACAAAACUGAAUGUCGUAGUUUCAGGUAAAGCACACAGAAGAAACAAAACUCCAGAAUAAUAGAUCAUUCUGUUUUGAAUAUGGUUGUUACUUUAAUGAAGAGGCUGACCGUUGAAUAUUCAAGUAUCUCCUGCGCUGGGCUGCCUUAGCCAAUCAUAAAUGCUGCAUGCAGCCAUUGGCUGAGCUCCGGAGAGAGUCGAGUACUGAGCUGUGAGGGGAGUGGGGGUUUCUCUAUCUCCUCUGCACUCUCCCAUUCAACCUCUGUAGUCAGCAGAACGAGCAGCUGAGCAGAACAACACAGCAUCCACGGCGGCUUCAGCAUCCUGCAGGAGAGUCUGCUCCAGGGAGGAGAGGGAGUGAGUGAAGAAAAGAGCAAGUGUUUGAGGAAAGAAACUGACAGAUUAAGAUGUGGAGAGAGACUGAGAGGAGCAGAGGAGGACUGAAAGUGGCAUUUGAAAGGAAUUGAGAAAACGCGCUCUGCCCGUUUGAGGACCACUGCAGCUGUACUAAAUCUGGGGCUGUCAGGCAAACCCUCAGCAUAGCAGAGAAGGAGCCGGGGGAAGAGGCAGAGGAGAUGUAGACAGGAGGUGAAGAGCUGAUCACAUCACUCUGGACAAGCAUGGAUGGGGACCUCAAGAGCUUCUCUGUCAGCAGAUCAAACUUCACACAGGAAAAGUGCGUUCAGAUUCUCAAUCUGAGCCUGUUUCUUCAACAGAGUGCAGAAACAGGCAGAGCAGAGAGUUGGUGAAUCCUCUCCGAGGAUCUCUUGGCUGCUGCACUGCUGAGUUCAGCUCAAUUCUCUGCUGUCCUUUUCCCAAGGACCCCCCACUCCCGCCCCCACUACCACCCCCAGUCCACCUUCGCACCCGCCUGCUGCUGGUGAAUGUCUUCUCUGCAUGAACUCCCACUGCUCCGCAGUUGAACACACUCAUGGUCGAUGCCAAGGGAAGGAACAUGAAAUGUCUGACUUUCUUCUUGAUGCUGCCUGAGUCAGUGAAAAGUAAGUCAAGCAAAAGCUCCAAGAAAGGGAAUCCCAGCAGCAGCUCCAAACUGCCCCCCGUCUGUUAUGAGAUAAUCACUCUGAGGAGCAAGAAGAAGAAGAAGAUGUCAGGGGACAUUUUUCCCACCAAAAAGCCCGCUUCCACCACUACGGUGCAACAGUACCAGCAGCAGAACCUCAACAACAACAACACCAUUCAGAACUGUAACUGGCAGGGACUGUACUCCACUAUCAGAGAGAGAAACUCUGUGAUGUUCAACAAUGAGCUGAUGGCAGAUGUUCACUUUGUGGUCGGUCAGCACGGAAGAACCCAGCGGCUGCCUGGACACCGGUACGUCCUGGCUGUGGGCAGCUCUGUCUUUCAUGCCAUGUUUUACGGCGAACUGGCUGAAAACCAGGAUGAAAUCCAUAUUCCGGAUGUGGAACCUGCAGCAUUUCUGGCCAUGUUAAAGUAUAUUUACUGUGAUGAAAUUGACCUAAGUGCUGACACAGUGUUGGCCACCCUUUACGCUGCCAAGAAGUACAUUGUCCCUCACCUGGCCCGCGCCUGUGUCAACUUCCUGGAGACCAGCCUGAGUGCCAAGAAUGCCUGCGUGUUACUUUCCCAGAGCUGCCUGUUUGAGGAGCCGGAGCUGACACAGCGCUGCUGGGAGGUGAUUGAUGCUCAGGCAGAGCUGGCGUUACGCUCCGAGGGCUUCUGUGACAUCGACGCCCAGACCCUGGAGAGUAUCCUACAGCGAGAGACUCUCAACACUAAGGAGAUAGUGGUAUUCGAGGCUGCUCUCAGCUGGGCUGAGGCUGAGUGCCAGAGGAAGGAGCUCACCUCCUCAACUGACAAUAAACGAAAGGUCCUGGGCCAAGCCAUGUACCUGAUACGCAUCCCUACUAUGGCCCUGGAUGAUUUCGCUAAUGGAGCGGCCCAGUCGGGCGUGUUGACUCUUAAUGAGACCAAUGACAUUUUCCUGUGGUACACAGCAUCCAAUAAACCCGAGCUACAGUUCGCCAGUCAGCCCCGAAAAGGGCUCUCGCCCCAGCGUUGCCACAGAUUCCAGUCCUGUGCCUACAGAAGCAAUCAGUGGCGUUACAGGGGGCGCUGUGACAGUAUACAGUUUGCAGUUGACAAAAGAGUUUUCAUCGCCGGGUUUGGACUGUAUGGAUCAAGUUGUGGCUCAGCAGAAUACAGCGCCAAAAUUGAGCUAAAACGUCAAGGAGUACUUCUGGGACAAAACCUCAGCAAAUACUUCUCUGAUGGUUCUAGCAACACAUUUCCAGUCUGGUUUGAGUACCCAGUCCAGAUCGAGCCUGAUACAUUCUACACUGCCAGUGUGGUCCUUGAUGGUAAUGAGCUCAGUUACUUUGGGCAGGAAGGGAUGACAGAGGUGCAGUGUGGGAAAGUGACAUUUCAGUUCCAGUGCUCCUCAGACAGCACUAAUGGUACUGGGGUGCAGGGCGGACAGAUACCAGAGCUGAUCUUCUAUGCCUGAUAAGACCUGUGCACACACUGUAUUUACACUGGGCUUCAACUGACUCAUGAAAACACAAACACAGCUAUCACUCUGUCUGAUUGGUCACAUGAUGUUUUAUUAUUUUUUCACUACUGCUGAGGAAUAUGGCUUCAGAAAAAAAAAA